AUAAAAACACGCUGUACGCGUCGUCUCGCAGUUGAUCGCGUACUUGUCGAAAGGUACUUGAUACGUAGCAAUGAAGUAGUGUACACGUUAGUGAUAAGAACAUCUUUUAAGAUAAAAGUGAGUAAAUAGUAGUGUUUUCAGACUAUUGAAGGUAAUCAUUGGCAAUGGAUGAAUGAUUCACACCACAACUCACAACGCCAAACCACCUUCAAUCUUCGCACCUUGACAAUACAGCUCAAAUUGGAUCGUCGAAAUGGAGAAAACAAAGCCUUCAGCGCCCCCCAUUCACGUGGUUUCAGACAACUAUAGUUCAAAAAUCGAGCUAGCUUACAAUGGAUCUAGAGAAGACUUGGAACCUUACAUUCCAUCUCAACACAGACCUAUAGCAUCUAACACAUCGAGUUUUGGUGCGCUCGCUCACCUUUUAAAAGCCUCGUUGGGUUCCGGAGUGUUGGCGAUGCCUCUAGCCUUCAAGAACGCUGGUCUGGUUAUAGGCAGCAUAGGCACGUUACUCAUCGGAUUCGUAUGCUGCCAUGUUAUACACGUUUUGGUAAAAACCUCACAGCAGCUAUGUGUAGAACUCAAGAAACCAGCAAUAGGAUAUGCAGACACGUGUGAUCUGGUGUUUCAAAAUGGACCGAAGCCAGUUAGAAAAUUUGCUCCUUUUGCACGAGAGUUGGCUGAUUGGGCGUUAGCGCUGACACAUAUGGGUGCUUGCUGUGUCUACGUCGUGGUCAUAGCAGAGUCCUUUAGACAAGUAUCAAUAGUCUAUGGCGGUCCUGACUGGUCAGUGACAGUAUACUGUGGGCUAACCCUCGUGGUAUUACUCCCACUGACUCAAAUUACGAAGCUCAAGUACCUGGUUCCGUUCUCGGCGUUAGCAAACUUCGUGUGGCUAGGCUCUAUAUGCAUAUGCCUCUACUACUGCUUGAGAGAAACUCCUGACUUCUCUGAUAAGCAUCUGGUUACUUCUAUCAGUGGUCUGCCUACUUUUAUAAGUACAAGUCUCUUCGCAAUGGAAGGUAUUGGCGUGGUGAUGCCAAUAGAAAAUGAGAUGAAGAAACCACAAGACUUCCUCGGAUGUCCAGGAGUCCUUAAUUCUGCAAUGUCCGCUAUAGCUGUGAUGUACGGCUUCGUUGGAUUCAUCGGCUACCUGAAGUAUGGUGAUGAAGCCAGAGGCAGCUUGACCCUCAAUCUACCACAGGAAGAAGUAUUAGCUCAAACCGCGAAGCUCUUGGUGGCUUGCGUGAUGCUCCUGUCUUUCACCUUAGUAUACUACGUACCUAUUGAUGUCGUUUGGAGGAGAGUGCAAGACAGGAUACCAGCGAGAGGACAUCGAUGGGCCCUCGCCGGCAUCAGGUUCUUUGGAACAUUAUUGCUAGUCGGUAUCGCCAGUGCAGUGCCAAGGUUGGAACUAUUCAUGGAAUUAGUAGGAGCCAUCUGUUUGUCCAUCAUGGGUCUACUUCUGCCAGCAGUCGUGGAGACCGUGUUCAGGUGGAACAAGGACAUUACAUUAUGUUCUUUCGUUGUAUGGAAGAAUGUAAUCAUAGGAAUCUUUGCACUAGUUGCCAUGUUCUCUGGAGUAACGUAUGCCAUCAUGGCGAUUGUAAACGAACUGUGAUUAUUUAUUUU